CUUCCAAAUUUUUGCGAAACACGGCUUAGGAUCAACUACCGCUAUGGGUCGCUGUCACUUUAGUGGUGCCACAUUAUUUCCCGUGAGACCUUACGCCUCCCGCCCCAUUGUAUCCCAUUGUGCCCUUCGCUUUCCUGCUACGACGGCUCCCAAUCCGGCUGUUUCCGGUGCUCUAUCAUGGCGCAGGGGCAGCGCAAGUUCCAGGCGCGGAAGCCGGUGAAGAGCAAGACGGCUACAGUGGCGGCUUCGGAACGGAACCGGGGCCCAAGGAAAGGAGGUCGUGUUAUCGCCCCCAAGAAGGCGCACAUUGUGCAGCAGCGAAAGCUCAAGAAGGACCUGGAGGUCGGGAUCCGGAAGAAGAUUGAACAUGACGUGGUAAUGAAAGCCAGCACCAGCCUGCCCAAGAAGCUGGCGCUGCUGAAGGGCCCCACCAAGAAGAGGGAGGCAGCUUCCUCCUCCUCCACCUAGACACCUUCCUAAGGACUCAGCCCAGUGGAGGCCAUCACCACGGCCCCUGCCUCCAUGCUCAGACCUUUCCAGGUGACCCCAUGGGCAGCAUCGUGGACAGGAGGAGCCCUGCUUCCCAGACCCUUGUGUUGAAGAUUGAACUUCAGGGGGUGGCGGCCUGGCCUGUGAGCAGGUGACCAGCACAUCCAUUGUGCGUGGUUCAGUUUUCCUGGGUUCCAAGAACUCAGCAAUGGCCCCAAGGAUAUGUUCACCAAUUUUCUAUGUACCCCCUCCCCAUCUCCCCAGUUCCUGUGUCCACUGGUUUAACUCAGAGCAAUCAACCUGAUUUUGUCAUUCUUCCUGCAGUCACAUGCUCCUGUGAGCAGGUCAGUGCUGAGGCCGCAGGCCAGGUGCUCUAACCCGGUCAGCCCCAGCAAUUUCUACAGGAGACCAACCACGUGCUCAAGGAAGGACGGCUAGGCUUCUGCACGUCCAGCCUGGGAGCUAGUAGAGAGUCUUUACCUCCCUCCGACCCCGGGUGACUCACUAACCUGCACGCCUUCCCCCGCCCCCGCCAUCGCCCGCCAGGGGCAAGCCAGGCAACAUCGUUUUCCCAUCCAUAGGACAGAUGUUGACACCACUGGUAGGGUCACAGUGCAGAUUAAACCAGAAUGCACUUAGGAACUGCUCAGUGCCACCUCAAUCUAUAAAAAAAUCAUAACAUCUAGUAUUUACCUAGCACCGCCUGUGGACCAACCAUUGUUUUAGUGCUUUCCGCCCGUCACUUCAUCCCAGGUUGGGUUAACACUGCAGAGCCGGGAGUUGAACCUACCACUGGCUGAGUCCUGGUGUGUGCUCUCAGCUGACCAUCCCCUGCCUCUCUUCCUGCACCAAGAUUCCUGUUUCAUCCUGAGCACACCCUCCCUGGAAUUGUCGCUCUUGUGAGGGGCAGGUCACAGUUCAGGGACCAGGCUGGGCCCAGGGAAACUCCAAACUAGUUUCUCUAUUAAAUUCGGGCUCUGCUGCCACAAUUCCAGAUUUUUCAAGAUGUACGAUUUUUGUGUUUGUGGAAUUGCUCUUUUUUGUGGGGCGGGGGGUGGUUAAAACUCACAUAAAAUUGAUAUUUAAAAGCAUACAAUUCAGUGGCAUUUAGUACAUUGACAAUAUUUUGUGACCAUGACCUCUAUCAAGUUCUAAAACUUUUAUCACCUAAAAGAUGACCAUGUCCCCAUUAGCUGUCACUCUCCAUUCUCCCUCCCCCCAUCCCUGGCAACCACUGAUCUGCUUUCUAUCUCUCUAGGUAUUUGUCGAAUGAAGGAAGGAAUGAAUUGUUUUUGCAAGGAAAAGUUUGUGUUUCAGUGAUUCAGUUACCAUCAUUCAAUGCAUCAUCUCUAUAUAAUACACCUUCUCAGGCUGUCUGAAUCAUAGCAUUAGCAUUUUCUUUGACCAAUUUUACAACUCUGUAAGCUGUAAGCAGCUGAUAGCAAUACCAAACCACUCUUAACCUGUAAACCAGCAAAUUCCUGCCCUUCCAGAAGAUCUACUGAUAACCCUCCUCCCCCAUGUUAAAACCAGUUUGCCUCCAUAUGUAUAACAUAACAUCUGCCUGGGUCCCACACAUGUUCAAUUAAAUGUUUAACACCUGUUGAUCUUUA